AUGGGGCUGACGCCGGUGUGGGGUGCGAUACCGCGGCCCCACCGCUCGUCUGUAAGGGCUCCGCUCCGCCGCCCCCGGGUCCAGCCGGGCCGGGCCGGGCCGGUUCCCCGGGCAACGGCGGCCGAGCGACGUCAGCGGCCGGGGGGGCCGGGAGCGGCGGGGCCUCUGCAGCCGCGGCGGGGCCGGGCCAUGAGGCUGCGCAUGGAGCCGGCGGCGGCCGUGCCGGGCAACCUCUCCCGCGGCGGCGGCGGCAACGAGAGCGGCGGGGCGGCGGCGGCGGCGGGGUGGUCGGCGGCGGCGCUGGCCUCGCAAGCGGCCGCGCUGCUGCUCAUCUUCGCCCUCUCGGCGCUGGGCAACGGGGCGGUGGUGCUGGUGAUCGCCCGGCACCGGCAGCUCCGCACGGUCACCAACGCCUUCGUGCUGUCGCUGUCGCUGUCGGAGCUGCUGGGCGCCCUGCUCUGCCUGCCGCUGGCCUUCCUCAGCCUGCUCAGCCGCCCGCCCGGCGCUUGGCUCUUCGGGCAGCGCCUGUGCCUGGCCAGCGCCGCCCUCCACGCCGGGCUGGGCAUCGCGGCCACGCUCACCAUGGCCCUGCUCUCCUUCGACCGCUACUGUGCCAUCGUCCGCCAGCCGCGGCACAAGAUGGGCCGGCGCCGCGCCGCGCAGCUGCUGGCCGCGGUGUGGCUGGCGGCGCUGGCGCUGGCCGGGCCCUGGUACGGGCUGGCGGGCGAGGGGCGGCGCGAAGCCAACCCCGGCGCCUACCGCUGCGUCUACGUGCUGCCCUGGGGCUCCUCGCGGCUCGGGCCGCCCUACGGCGCUGCCCUCAUCGUGCUCUGCUACCUCCUGCCCUUCGCCGUCAUGUGCUUCUGCCACUUCAACAUCUGCCGGGCGGUGCGGCUGGCCGAGAGCCGCGUGCGGCCGCUCACCACCUACGGGCACCUGCUGCGCGCCUACGGGGAGAUGCGCACGGCCACCACCGUCCUCAUCAUGAUCGUCUCCAUCAUCUGCUGCUGGGGGCCCUACUGCAUCCUGGGGCUGGCCGCGGCCGCCGGCCGCCUGCCCUUCUCGCCCACCAUGGACGCCGUGGCCAGCGGGAUGGCCUGGGCCAACGGCGCCAUCAACCCCCUCAUCUACGCCGCCCGCAACCCCAACAUCUCGGUGCUGCUGCGGCGCAGCCGGGAGGGCGGCUACAGGACUAGGAACAACAUGGUGGCUUACCUGUCGGUGCCCGGCCGGCAGCCGGAGCCCCGGAGCCGGGCUGAGCGUGUCCGGGAGCGCUACAUCAAUCGGCACAGCGGCCCCCCGGGCAGCGGCCUGUCCUCCUCCAGCCCGGCCAGCGGCGGAGAGGUGGCCAUGUGGGCCUGCAAGACUCCCGCGGUGCUCUUCUGUCGGGAUGGACAGCCGGACACUCUCUCUGAGGCCACCCUGAAGGCCAAAGCGGGCGCCGUCGACACCAGCCUCUGAGGGGAUGGGGGGCCGGGAUGGAGGCAUCUGGCCCCGGGGCUCUCCCUGAAGAAAGUCCUGGUGCUUGGAGCCCUGUGCAGCCGGAUUACCGGGAAACUGUGAUGGGACUGUGUUUCUUCUCUACUGUGCGAGCUCUGCUUUGGAGACCCGAUCUACAAGCAGCAAGAGCUCCGCAGGGAAGGGAAAUCCUUCCUUUUCAGCAGGCCUGAUGCAUCGGUGACGGCCACCAAGCCCAGCCAGCCUAAAAGCUCAUCUGCAGGAACAGGGCAGCAUUUGCUCCAGACCUGCAGAAAGUGCCACUGUGAAGCUCAGAGGCUGACACACCAAAGCUGACUGAACGACUGUGUGAGCUGUUUGUUAAGUGCCAAAAAAGCAAUUGAAAGCUGAGCACUGGCAGCUGGAAGCCGCUCUGAAAACACCACACUGUGAAAACCUCAUCGUGGCAGGAACAUGUUGCUUUUACCCAUUAUAUGUGGAAGUGCCAACAGUCAUGAAGUCACAGACUGUAGGACAGGCUGGAAAAGUGAGCUAUUUAUUAUUUUAUUUAAACUCUGAAGCAUAACAAAAAAAGUAAUUG